AUAACUUGAUUCUAAGCAAAAUUCAACAGAUUAAUAAAUACAAUGAAAAAGCAUCGCUAUAAUACUGUGCAGCUCGAUGGGCUCAAUUCGGGCCUGUUGAAGCAUCAGCAGCAGCAGCAGCCGCCGCAUCAACCAGCUGCUGGCAAUGAGGAGCAAAUGCUGAUGUGGCCGAGCGAGCGCAUUGCACCAGGCGGCAGCGGUGCCUUUCAUGCACCCAAAGUGGAGUACAGCAAGGAAACGGCUGAUUUACUCAAGCUGCUCAUGAAGGAGUCGAAGAUGUCCAUGGUCAUGCGCAAACAAAUCGAUACUAGUCUGCGCAAUGGCGAACCGUUGCCGUUGCCCAAACCGAUACGCCCCAAUACCAGCAACGAUCUGGAUAAGGAAACCAUUGCCAUUUUGGAGCGUGCACGCAAUGCGAAGCGCAAGAAUCUGCGCCAAAUUGAGGGUAGUGGCGCCUAUGAGCAGAGCUACUAUCGUCCGAGGGUUGACAAUCGUAUGCUCAGUGACAAAGCCAAGGCCAAGCUGCAGUUCACCAUGGCGGGCAUCGAGUUGCCGGAUCCAGCUAUAAAGCCACUACGUCGUUCGCGUGAAGAUCGUUUGGUCACCGAAGAAGACAUUAUCAAUGAAUUGCUGGAUCAGAUAAACGAACGGGCUGAUUGGUUGGCCGAAAUGGAGUCACUUGGUCAGGGUAAGAAAUAUCGUCCCGAGAUACACGAUCAAAUUUCGGAGCGCUUGCAUCGCAUUCGUGCGUUGGAGACCAAGAUAAAGAUGAAAGCUACGGGUGGUUAUCGCUUCGUGGACUAAAGUGAAGCUGAUAACAAAACAAAAAUGUGUUAAAUGUUUAAAUUAUAGAAUUAUGUUUAAAAAAAACGAGUAAAUUGGCAAUACACAAUCAAUUUUUUUGCGUUUACUAACAACA